AUGAUCUCAAUGUUUGUCCCUCUCAUGGCUGUGUUAUUCAUACUAACGCAUACCACAUAUGCUCAAAACUCACCACAAGACUACCUCAACGCUCACAACCGAGCACGUUCCGAAGUAGGUGUUGGUCCUAUAACAUGGGAUGCAAACGUUGCAUCUUUUGCAAAGAACUAUGUGAACCAACUUAAAGGAAAUUGCCAGUUAGUGCACUCUGGAGGCCAAUAUGGAGAAAAUCUAGCUUGGGGCAGUCCUGACCUUACUGCAACAGCUGCUGUCGAUAUGUGGGUCGAUGAGAUACAAAACUAUGACUACGAUUCAAAUUCUUGUUUUAAUGGUGAGUGCUUGCAUUAUACUCAAGUUGUGUGGCGCGAUUCGGUUCGUCUUGGUUGUGCUAGGGUGAAGUGUAGCAAUGGUCGUAGCACCAUUAUUAGCUGUAACUAUGAUCCUCCAGGCAACUGGAUUGGUGAGAGACCUUUUGAGAAUAGUCCUUUUGAAAUACCGUUGAGCUUCACCAAACAUGAUGACAAGUGA